GUUUUUAAAGUUUUGGGAAUAUUGAAUCAUGUUUCCAUUUAUACUUUUUUCUACUCUGUUUUCUUCCACCUUCACUGAACCUGGGGAGCUACAGUGGAUCUGCAACUCUUCUGAUUCCAGUGUUUGGUAUUCCCACUGUGAUAACAUGAAAGUCCCUAUCUCAAUAGCUAUUCAACCCUGUAUGUCAAUGAAGGGAAGCCGGGGAUACUUGCAUCUUUCCUUCAUUCCAAGAAGAGAUAUUAAAAAGUUAUAUUUCAAUCUCUAUUUAUCCAUAAACUCCAUGGAUUUGCCAGUGCGCAAAGAAGUUAUUUGCCGGGGAUCUGAUGAUGUUUAUUCUUUUUGCAGAGCUCUGAAGGGAGGCUUUGCAAUGACCAUGUGCCAAAGAACUGAAGUCUCUGAGUUACCUCAAGGAAUAUACAUUUGUUCCAGUCAGACUACUUUUUGGCCUUACAUGGGUAUAGGCAACUUCCAGGCAAGGCUGUAACCUCUGUAGUCCUCAGCCAAUGAAGAAUCAGGGGAAGGACUUGCAUGCUAGGAGAUAAAUUGUCUGUUGUAACUGCCCCAAGUGUGCCUGUCCAUCAGAUACCUGCUCUUUCAAGAAUGUUGAUUAAAGCCUCGCUUCACUGUGCUCCAAGUCUCCGUGUCCCUCCUUUGAUUGGGGCAGUGGGAUUAUUUCUCACAUCCAGAAGCAAAUAGAUGUUUUUUUGUGAAAAUAGACAUAAUCUAUUCAUUUGCUAUUAAGGAUUUUCUUUGGCUAGUUAGGAGAACAAGAAUGGUUAUAGUUUCCACUUGACUAUAUUACUUUAAAAGAUAUUUUUGGCCACUAUUGCUUUUGUUAGAGAUUCAAAACAUUUCUACUUUUCUAUCCUUACCCUGUAAAUUCACUCCUUUGGUGUUUCUGAGUGGGAGAGUAGAGUAUGUUUUUUCCUGCACUUCUGACUCUGUCCACAACUUCUGCAGGGCCAGGUCCAUGGCUGUGCAUUUCAGCAGUGACUACUUAGGCUUCUCAGUGGUGGGAUUGGAAGGAGAUUUGGUUUCCUGGCUGCCUCCCAACUCUCCUCCACCUUUAUAAAGAUCUAUUUUACUCUGUUGAAGGAGUAGCAGUAUUAAAUAUGCACACAUGUAAUUUGGGAUGAAGCAUAUUAGCACUGGCUUAUUCAUUCAUUCACUAUUGAGACAAGUAGGCCUUAAAAUUUUGUAUCCCCUAAGGGAUGAAAUAUAGGCUGAUACUGAGAGAUGCUUGGGGUGGCGAGGAAGCCAUAGGAGACCCAUAGCCGGGGUAGGAAGUUUGUUACUUCUCUACAAUUCGCUUGGGACUGCUGCUGCCAGUAGCAGCAUAAAAGGUACACUCCAUACUAUAUUAAAACAAAAUCACCCGAUGACGACCAAUAUAAUUUUUUGUAUUUUGUAUUUUGU